AUGAAGCCGCAAGAGGUCUCGCAGCUGCCCGCAAGCUUGAAAGCGUUGGACUUCAAAGCCGUGGAGCCGCAUCUCGCUGCCCUGGACAAGCAUCUCACGCUCCGAACCUACGUCGAGGGGUACACGCUCAGCCAAAUUGACACGGACAUUUGGAUCACCAUCCGCACAAAUCGAAUCGCGACAGCGGCACUGAAGAAGGGGAGCUUGGUGCAUGUGUUGAGGUGGUUCAACUACAUUGAGCAAACUCACCCCGAGAUCCAGCAAGAGAUCAAGGCCAAGGAUGAAGCUGAGAAGGCAAAGAAAGCGGUGCAGAGCAAGGCCGGAGCAAGCUAUAACAUGGCGCUGCAGGAUGUCGAGAAGGGCGUUGUGACUCGAUUCCCCCCGGAGCCAUCCGGAUACCUGCAUAUUGGACAUAUUAAGGCGGCGCUUCUGAACGAUUACUUCGCACACGAGUUAUACAAGGGCACGCUACUUCUGCGAUUCGACGAUACCAACCCUUCGAAGGAGAAGCAGGAAUUCCAGGAUUCUAUUAUUGAGGAUCUGAAGCUGGUGGGCAUCAAGCCCGAUAAGACGAGUUUUACCAGUGACUACCUGGAAGACCUUUACCAAUAUGGCAUCCGUAUGAUCAAGGAGGGCCAUGCCUACGCCGAUGAUACCGACCAGGAGACCAUGAGAGCCGAGAGAAUGGACGGAAUCGCCAGCAAGAACCGGGACAAGAGCGUCGAGGACAACCUCGCUAUUUUCGAGAAAAUGAAGGAGGGUAGCGAUGAGGGACGAAAGUACUGCAUCCGUGCAAAGAUGUCCGUCGACAACCCGAACAAGGCCAUGCGCGAUCCCGUCAUCUACCGCUGCAACGUUGAUACGCCUCACCACCGCACCGGCACUAAAUGGAAGAUGUACCCUACGUACGACUUUGCCUGCCCGAUCGUGGACUCUUUGGAAGGGGUCACCCAUGCUCUGAGAACGACCGAGUACACCGACCGAAACCCGCAAUACCAAUGGUUCCUUGACACGCUCAAGCUACGUCAAGUGCAUAUGUGGGACUUUGCCAGAAUGAACUUCAUCCGCACCGUGCUGUCUAAGCGAAAGUUGACCAAACUGGUCGAUACUCAGACCGUCUGGGGCUGGGACGAUCCUCGUAUGCCGACUAUCCGCGGUGUGCGUAGGCAUGGAAUGACCAUCCCGGCCCUCCGCGAUUUCAUCUUGAAGCAAGGCCCGAGUCGAAACAUUGUAAACAUGGACUGGACCAACUUCUGGGCAUCCAACAAGAAGGAAAUCGACCCAGUCGCACCGCGACACACAGGUGUUCUUGAGAAAGAAGCUGUCAAGGCCACCCUCACCAACGGACCCGAGAAGGCGUAUACCGAGGAUAAGCCCAAGCAUGCUAAGAACCCAGCAGUAGGUACCAAGAAGGUCGCUUUCAGCAAGCACCUGCUCCUUGAUCAAGAGGACGUCAAGCUCUUUAAGCAAGACGAGGAAAUCACGCUCAUGGGUUGGGGUAAUGCGUUCGUGCGGAAAGUCACUGGCUCGAAUCCUAUUACCGACGUUGAGCUCGAGUUGCACCUCGAAGGCGACUUCAAGAAGACCGAGAAGAAAGUCACUUGGUUGUCGACUGAGGGGCAGGAACUGGUGAAGGCCGAGGUGUGGGAGUUUGAUCACUUGUUCACGAAGGACAAGCUGGAGGAAGAGGAUAACUGGGAGGAUUUCGUGAAUAAGGACAGUGCGAAGAUGGAGGUACAGGUGACUGACGAGAAUGUGAAGGGGUUGAAGGAGAACGAUAUCAUCCAGUUGGAGCGCAAGGGGUUCUUUAGGGUGGACAAGGCGGCUGGAGAGGGGCAAGCGGUUGUGCUGUUUGGGAUUCCCACGGGCAAGACGAAGUGA